ACAGAAAAGUUACUAAACAGCACGGGACGAGAACUUAGAAGAUCUUUGUUUUCUCUGAAGCAGAUUUUUCAAGAUGAUAAAGACCUGGUGCACGAAUUUGUACAAAAUGAUGGGUUGGCUUGUCUCAUCAAAGUGGGAUCAGAAGCAGAUCAAAAUUAUCAAAAUUAUAUUCUUCGAGCUUUAGGCCAGGUGAUGUUAUAUGUAGAUGGUAUGAAUGGGGUUAUUGAACACAUCGAAACAAUACAAUGGCUGUAUUCACUUAUCAGUUGCAAAUAUCGACUAGUAGUCAAGACAGCUUUGAAGUUAUUACUGGUUUUUGUUGAAUAUACAGAAUCAAACAGUCGGCAUCUUCUUAAUGCUGUUGCUACAGUGGACUUGGAGAAAAAUGUUAUGCCUUGGUCUAACAUAAUGAAUCUUUUAAAUGAGAGAGAUUCAGCUGACAUGGAGCUCUUAGUCUAUGCUAUGACAUUAAUUAACAAGACUUUGAAUGGAAUACCAGAUCAAGACACAUAUUACGAUGUUGUGGAUUCACUUGAAGAACAAGGAAUGGAAAGAAUCAUACAAUAUUACAUGUCUAAACAAGGGACUGAUUUAGACCUGCUCCAGCAGUUCCAAAUAUAUGAGGCUGUUUUAAAACAUGAAGAUGGAGAGUGUGACACUAAAGCUUUACCUGUUGAUUAUCAGUUACUCAGGCAAAUUCCACGUAGCAGAAAAUCUCAUCCUGAUGAGAAUGAUAGAAGAAAAAGUCGACGACAUUCUGUGGGUAACUUCCCAUCAUCAGGUCAGAACAAGCCCUAUAGUCCUUCCAUCCACAAAACUCCUGAGGAACCAUUCAACCAGUGGAGGAAAACAGAAGGAAACGAAAAUAAGGAGUCACUCAAAGGGUCAGACUCAAAUCGAGGGUCACUGCAAUUAAAUGGUACUAGCCAGCCUAAGCAACCAGAUGUAAAUGGAAUAACUCCUGCAUUAAGAAGAAGAAGAGAACGUGAUGCUCGUAACCGUUCCCUUAUUAAAGAGCAAGAAGAAAACAGUAAGGGGGUCAUAUAUCAACGCACAGAUAGUGUAUCUUCAACAGGCAGCAUAGAUUCAGUUGGAAGCAUAGAAAAACCCACUGAAAAAAUUGAGAAGCCUUCUUUAGUCGAGCGUCAAAGAUCUCGCUUUGAAAAUCGAAUAGAAGAUGAAAAUAGAAAAAAUCACCAGCUUACACGAAUGCACUCAAGAGAAGAAUCUAAACAGCAACAAGACCAAAAAACUCCUGCUCAGUUAGUAAAACAGAAUAGUAUUUCUGAUGUUCCCCAACAAAAACAUGGGCCUACCCCUUACACAAGAAGUGAUACUAAUAAGAAAUCUUGGAUGUUAUCAAUGAUGUAUGGGAAAAGCCAAGAGGAAGAUACCAAGUCAGUGACUCCUGUAACUUCUCCCAUUUCUCCUGUUAGUCAGGCUGCUCGUCCUCCACCUUUUGUGAAAAAAGAGGAAGGACCAGCAAAGCCACAGCUAGUUAAAGAGAGAAGUGUGCAUGAUAUGCAAGAAAAAUUUAAAGAAAAACAAGAUACUAACCUUCGACCUCUAUCCGAUAAUCGCUCUAGACUUGGUGAUUCAAGUGGCAUCAUAAGUCGGGCAAAGGAAGGUCUUGCUGCCAGUACUCGCCCAGAAAAUCGGUUGACUACUUUAGUACCUCAAAAAAGCAAUUCUUCUAUUCCUGAUCUCCGAAAGUCUGAGAGUGGUAUUCAGUGGGAUCAGUUAGUCAAGACUAUCAACAAACCACUUUUAAUUAAUGAUUUAGACUUCACAGACUUGAAGGAUGAAGAUGAUGUUAAUAUCUUACAGCCCCCAGCAAUGGUCCCAAUGGGUGGGGCACCUCCUCCACCUCCUAUGGGUAUGGUUCCUCCCCCACCACCCUUACUACCAGGAUAUGGUCCCCCACCACCACCUCCUCCACUUGGCAUGCCACCACCUCCUCCACCCCCUGGUCAGAGUGGUCCUCCACAACCUCCACCUCCUCCCUUUAUGGGAGGCUCCAGAUUUGGUUUCCAAGCCCCACAAGCACCACCUUGGUCUAAACAAGCACAGCAACAGAGACAACAGCAGCAACAACAAGAACAGCAAAAAACAAUUCCAAAGAAUAAGAAAACUGUAAAGCUCUUUUGGAAAGAAGUGAAGACUGAUCCAAUGCUAAUAAAUAGGUUAUCAAAGAAAAAAACAAUAUGGGAUGAAUUAAAUCCUGCAGCAGUAGAUAUACAAAAAUUAGAGCAUCUCUUUGAAAGCAGAGCAAAGGAGAUAAUAAGUUGGAAAAAUCAAGAUGGUAAGAAAAAUGAAGUAGUAGUGUUAGAUCCAAAAAGAUCAAAUGCUAUUAACAUUGGAAUGACCAAACUACCUCCACCAAGGACAAUUAAGACGGCCAUCUUGAAGAUGGACAGCACAAUUAUGAACAGGGAAGGAAUAGAGAAAAUUCUCACUACAAUGAUGCCAACAGAAGAUGAAAAGAACAAGAUAAUGGAAGCUCAGAUGAAUAACCCAGAUGUGCCUCUAGGAACUGCUGAGCAGUUCCUACUUACUCUUUCCUCAAUUAGUGAGUUAGAAGCAAGGCUUAGGCUGUGGGCCUUUAGAAUUGAUUAUGAAACGUUAGAAAAGGAAGUAGCAGAACCUCUUAUGGAUCUCAAGCAAGCAGUAGUUGAAAUAGAAACCAACAGUACAUUCAAAAUUGUAUUGUCAACACUUCUUUCAAUUGGAAACUUUCUCAAUGGUGUUGAAAUAAAAGGUUUUCAAGUGGAUUAUCUAGCCAAAGUACCAGAAGUUAAAGACACAGUACAAAAACACUCACUCCUACAUCAUCUUUGUCACAUGGUCAUGGAAAAAUAUCCUAUGGCAACUGAUCUCUAUUCCGAAAUGGGUGCAGUUUCUAGGUCAUCAAAGGUUGAUUAUGAUGACGUGGCUAGAAAUCUUACUAAAAUGGAAACUGAAUGCAAGGCAUCCUGGGACUAUCUAAAAGCUAUUGCCAAACAUGAUGGUUUGACAUCGAUGAGAGUCAAAACAACUAGUGUUGCCCACAUGAAUGGUCAUUCUCAUUCAAACACGGAAGGUCAUAACCUUGAAGCAUCACCUGACUUACCAUUGGAGGACACUGUUGUUAACAUCCUUGUACAAUGUCCAGCAUUACAGCCAUACUCACCCAAGUGUAGAGUUGAAUCAAAAGACCGUGAUUGUUUCGGAUCUUUCAGGUUUCAUCGCUUGAUGGUAUACCUAGGAUGCCCAAUUCAUAACAUACGUGAUACUAGAGUCCAAAGUGUAUGUAAAAUCAUCAGUGAGUUUGCCUUAGAGUAUAGAACAACAAGAGAAAGAGUUUUACAACAGAUUCAGAAGAAAGUUAAUCACAGAGAGAGGAAUAAGACUCGGGGCAAAAUGAUUACAGAUAUGGAAAAGUUCAAAACAAAAGAGCAACAAGCCGAUCAUGAGCUUCGUCAGUUACUUGGCAACGGAACUGACAGUGAGGAUCAAAAGUUACAGAAAUGGGGAACCAUACCUGGUGUUAGAGGACGACCCAAAGGUUAUUCUGGACCAGGGGGCAGCUUAGGACGACACAACACUCCCACACGUGAUGAAAACCUGACAGACACAAAUGAUGAAAUUAUUGAAAGUCUGGUUAAAACUGCUACCACUCAGCCAUCACGCAGUGAACCUCGGGUUAGGAAGAAGGCAAGAUAUGGUGACAGAAAAUCUUUGAGGCGAACACUAAAGAGUGGAUUGGAUUUGUCGGAGGAAGAGAGAAGAAAGUUAACUACAACUUAAAUAAAACAUCAACUACAAGGAAUGUAGCUGCUGCCAAGGUUUUAAAACAAAUCAUCACAAGCUUUAUAUCUGUGCUAGUGUGUGGUUGACUAAAAGUCAACAUAUAAGUCAUCUUCACAAGUAUGAACUUGCUCUGUGUGUUUUUAGACAAUGUUUUUUUUCUUCAAGUGGAUACUCAACGUGGUGUUGCAUCUUGGGCCACAAAAGUGGCCCCUGACAGUUGCUGAAAAUUAAAAAUAGUCACUUACAUUAUUGAAACACUUGAAAAUAACUGUGUUUAUUCUUAUUGUUUAAUUGUAGUAAAGAAAACGUGAUAUGUUGUGAUUAUUGAGAUUAAUGUCAGUUUAUUUGGUACAAUUAAUGAAUCAAAAGAUUUACUUGACUUCCAGAAUCUGAUUGUUCAUUUCGAAACAAUUAUAUAUAUAAAGCAGCCUGAAGUCCCCAAGAAUCAAAUCACAUUCACAAACAGUGAAAUAAAUUACAUACUUUUGUUCAAUACUGUGAAUAAUACCUUGCAGCUAGAUUGUAAUAUGUUCUAAAAUUUGUACUGAGUUGUAAUAAUUCAAUGUGUGUUCAAAUUGUUACAAUUUUUGAAAUUAGCAGAAUUUCUAUUAGACACCUUUAUUCUUAUGCUGUUAAAAAAAAAAAAAUGCAUCAGCACUAAUAAUAGAAUCUGAGUAGGAAGAAGCCACGAGCUUGCAAAUUUCAGUUGAAUGAUAGUCAUGGGCUGCUAAUUUUAAACAAAGGCAGUAAAUUUAAUGUUAAGACAAAAUUAAUGUGCAACAGAUCAGGCUGUAUUAGCGUGUACAUACGAUAGUUGUAAACUAUCUGUAAAAAUCAGAUUACUUCAACAAAUCAGAUUUGAUGUCAUUUUUCAAAAGAGGAGAAUACUUAUAAUUAUUUAAACAGUUUUUCGUUUUUUUUACUUAGAGGUAGAUGCCAAGUUUUAUGCAUGGUUUCCAAAAAGCCUAACCCUAAAAUAGCUAAAAGCUGGCAAUAAAAUAAAGAAGGUAAAAUUUUCAUGUAAAAAAAAUCAUUUUAAGUUAACUCUUUAUUUUUACUAGUAUCUUAUCAUUAGUGUAUGUUUUCAUUAAAACCAUACAGCUUUAUGCAGAAAAGUUUUACCAUAGAAACAUCUUUGAUCCAAUAAGAUGGUGUAUUCUUUUCUCAAAAUAUAUGUAAUAUAAAAUAUUUGAUCAUUUAGGAAUAAAUUAUUUGUUUCUUUAAUUACUUUAGUUUUUCUCAGAUUUAGAAGGGUUUACAUGACGAUUUGAGAGAACUUUUGAAAGGACCUGAAUACUCGUCAGUUCUUGUUAUCAUAAAAUUGAAAUAAUUGUGUUCUCAAUUAAAUGAUAAAGUAAGAUUACUAUUGACUUGCCUUGUUCCUCAACAAAUUGUUUACUUUCUUGUGGAUAUUUUUGAAGUAGAAGUUAGAUGUUAGUAUAAUAUUAGAGAGCUCCUUUCUUGUGCUUGCUGCAAACAUAUUUUGUUUUAUAGUUCAAUUCUAGAAAAGUGUAUGUACAUCUUUUCAUGUUAUGUUCUGAAUACAUAAAUAUUGGUGGUUAUGUUUGUAAUAGUGUGAUUAUAACUGAGAAAAGUGUUGUAUGUUGUAGGAUUUUGUACAUAAACUUUGUUUUGUCAUCUGU